AUGUUGCAGACCAUCUAUGAGACCGAGUCCUGCUUCUCCUCAGACGCCGUGUCCAGCAGGGAGCAACCUCUGGAGCUGCUGCCCCAGUCCCAAGUGUCUGCCAUGCCCAGUGCUGCUGUGGAGGUGAAGACAACUCUCCCCUCGGGGAUGCAGAGCCCUGUGGGCGGCAGUGAGCAGGGUGUUGGAGGUGGCGGCGGUCCCGUGGACCUGAGGACAGAUCCCAGGCUGGGACCCCUGGGUGGAGGGGUGGAUCCAGCCAUGAGGGAGCAGCAACUGCAGCAUGAACUGCUCCUCCUCAAGCAGCAGCAGGAGCUUCAGAAACAGCUUCUCUUCGCUGAGUUCCAGAAGCAGCAUGAGGUGCUGACACGCCAGCAUGAGGUUCAGCUGCAGGAGCACCUGAAGCAGCAGCAGGAGAUCCUGGCGGCCAAGCGGCAGCAGGAGCUGGAGCAGAAGAGGAAGCUAGAGCAGCAGAGGCAUGAGGAGCUGGAGAAACAGAGGCUGGAGCAGCAGCUCCUCAUGCUACGCAACAAGGAGAAGGGCAAAGAGAGUGCCAUUGCCAGUACGGAGGUGAAGCUGAAGCUCCAGGAGUUCCUCCUGAGCAAAAAAGAGCCUGGCACACCUGGCGGACUAAACCAUUCCUUCACCCAUAAAUGCUGGGGGGCCCACCACACCUCUCUGGACCCCAACUCCCCCCCUCAGAGUAACACUCCGGGAACGCCGCCCUCCUACAAACUACCCCCGCUACUGGGGUCCUACGAGGGCAGGGACGAUUUCCCUCUCCGGAAGACUGCCUCCGAGCCAAUCUGA